AUGGCAGGCUGGGUCUUCCGCGAAAACAACGUUCCCGCAUACCAGCGCGAGUUCCAGAAGCACGAUGGCCUGAGGACCUGGGAGAAGGCCCGCGGCAAGUGGAUGAUCCCCGCCUACAAGGUCGUUCUCUUCGGCUCCCUCAGUGCUUCCAUGUACAUGAUGGGCCGUCUUGUUCUUGGACACAAGACCUGGUUCGGCAAGAACUAG